AUGACCACCACCGAGGCGGAGGACGGGUCCACAGAUGUGUGGGGCGCCACUGACUUGGACGGCACGGCCAAUCCUUCCGCCUGUCGGGAUAUUCGCUGUGAUUUCGGCGCCAGUUGCGAAAUUGGCUCCGAUGGCUAUCCGCGCUGUUCCUGCCUUUUCGAGUGCCCGCACGAAACAGAAUACUUCCCAGUGUGUGCCUCAGACUUUCGACUUUAUCCUAGUCUCUGCGCUAUGCGUAAAGAGGGCUGCCAGAAACAACUUGAAUUAAGACUUCGACCGUUGGAUCUGUGUAAAGGUAUGGAAGUAAGACCCUGCGGUAAUAAUAAAGCAAUGGUUGAUCCUACCACUGGCCUCGAAAUAGACUGUGGUAACGGGCCGCACAGGCAGGAUUGCCCCGUUGGCAGCUACUGUCAUAUCACGCUGACAGCGGCACGGUGCUGCCCCAAAAACGAUUCGAGACAAUUUGAGGAAAAGAAGAUAUCUCACUGUUCGGAGACGUCGUUUGGAUGUUGUUCGGACGGUUCGACCGCAGCCAGUGGUCCUAAUGAGGAAGGGUGUCCAAUCACGAGCUCGACUUGCGGUUGUAACCGGCUCGGCUCGGUGUCGGAUCGAUGCGACGAGGACGGACAGUGUGUUUGUCGACCCGGUGUGGGCGGCCUCAAGUGCGACCGAUGCGAGCCUGGCUACUGGGGACUUCCGAGGAUCGGAUCCGGCCAUACUGGCUGUAUUCCUUGUGGGUGUUCAGCUUUCGGUUCAGUAAGAGAAGAUUGCGAACAAAUGACUGGUCGAUGUGUUUGCCGAACCGGGGUUCAAGGACAGAAGUGUACCGUGUGUGCCGACCACAGACGCAGAUUAGGACCCAACGGGUGUUCCGACCCUGAAACAGGUGGCGUUGUAUCGUCAUGCGCUGAGCUGUCAUGUUACUUCGGAGCAGUUUGUACGGAGCGCACUGGAGGCGCGCUGUGUGAGUGCGCCGCGGCUCCCUGCUCCGAUAGCGACACCAACAUGCUGGUAUGCGGUAGCGAUGGCAAAACUUACGAGUCAGAGUGUCACCUCAAAUUGCAAGCGUGUCGCACGCAAGAGGAUAUUGUAGUGCAAGCGUUUGGCCCGUGCAAGUUGGGUGAGGUGGCUGGCACGGCAGGCCCGCCACGGCCGUCGUCUCCAAUACAGUUUACACAACAAGAUGACGGCGCUGCUUCCAAAUCAACCAGGCACCUUCUCAACCCAGAUAAAUACUACAACAAAUAUGACUGGACGAGGAAAGAGACACCAAGCGACUUUGAUAGCAUUCUAUCCGGGCAAAAGUUCAAAGCCACAACUGCAACUGUGGGUUCUGGUGCUGUUGCCGCCUUACUUGGCGACUUGUGCGCCGACGAUGGUGACUGUGCCGCCCUCCCGGGCGCUGAGUGCGCACGCGCAGCGUGUGUGUGUCGCGCGGGUCACGUGCCAACAUUACAUAGAAAAGCAUGUGUUGAACAAAUUCCACAAGAGACCACGGAAGAAUAUAGCGCUUGUUUAUCAGAACCAUGUUACAAUCUCGGCACAUGUAUUGAUUUGCCUGGAUCCACUUACACGUGCUUGUGUGCGGGUCCUUACACAGGAUUGAACUGCGAGUCCCUCGCAAAGGACGGACUACUAGCAACCUACAUAGAGACUCCUUCCUUCGACGGCACUUCUUAUAUAAGACUAAAACCCUUGAAAGCUUACCACAAGUUGAAUAUCGAUAUUGAAUUUAAAGCCUUUUCCGAGAACGGCGUCAUAUUGUACAAUCAGCAAAAACCUGACGGCACCGGUGAUUUUGUUUCGCUCGCCUUAGUAAACGGAUAUUUAGAGUUUAGGUAUAAUCUUGGAAACGGAGUGUUAAUACUUACUUCACUAGAGAAGAUAACAUUAAACGAGUAUCACAAGGUGUCUGCGAAGCGAUAUCAUCGAGACGGGAUUUUAUCAGUCGACGAUAUGGAAGACGUGGUCGGCCAAUCUAGUGGCCAUUUAAAAGCACUCGAUUUGAAUGAAGAUGCUUAUAUCGGGAGCGUACCGACGAAUUUUUCUAGAGUCUUCGAUAAUAUUGGCACUCGGCACAGCUUUAUCGGCUGCGUAAAAUACUUGAGGAUAAUACGUCAUCAAGUGACAAAGAAAUUGGGCCGUCCGGAUUCAUUAGUCGUUGCUAUAGAAAACGUCCAGGAGUGCCAAUCCAACCCAUGUAUGAGUAUGCCAUGCAAGAAUGGUGGCACGUGUAAAUCCAUAGACGGGUCGGCGACCGAAUAUACUUGUAGCUGCCCUAUCGGAUUUCAAGGAGCCAAUUGUGACGAGAGAUUAGAUCCGUGCGAGUCGAAUCCCUGCGGAUAUGAUGAGGGGCUAUUGUGUGACAUCGGGACGGACGGCGGACACGUCUGCCGUUGUUUGUUUGGAGGUGAAAUUGGCUCUAAUGGAAACACUUGCAAUAAUGACGUAAAUGUGGUUCAAGAAACCUGGUCCCCUCAGUUCAAUGGGACGAGCUACAUAGAAUUGCCUCCACUUGAAGGGCUGGGCAAAGCGUUCCGCAUUGAAAUUUGGUUUUUAACGAACCGAUUUUCCGGAAUGCUCCUAUAUACUGGCCAGUCUAAUAAAGCCAAGGGGGAUUUUAUAGCGAUUAACCUGGUUAACGGUUACCUUCAGUUUAGAUACAAUUUGGGGAGCGGUAUUGCUAAUAUAACCUCUUAUAUUCGUCCGCACAAGAUGUCAGGCGUGACCAGCAGUUUCAUAGGCUCGGUGCAACAGGUCUUUGUGAAUGGAAAACCUUUGUCUUUGUAUGGGGCUGACACGGCUAAGUGUGCGAUAGUGCAGGAUGAAGAUCGUCUCCCUUGUGCCACUACUGGGGUCACAAGGUACACAGGACCGCCGUGUGGAGAGGAUUUAACGCCAUGCAAAAACAAUGGAACAUGUAUACCCCUACUCAAUGAAUACAAAUGUACUUGCCGAGAUGGGUACCAAGGCAGGAAUUGCGAGAUACAGAUCAAUGUUGAAAUGCUUAACGAAAGGACACCAGUCAACUUCGAUGGAAACAACUACUUCUCCUACAGAAGCAGGGGCAGUCGCAGGAACAGCGGCUCCCGCGGUAUUAGAUAUGAAAUAAAGUUCCGAACAUACAACGACUCUGGCCUCCUGAUGUGGAGAAGGAAAAUCGGUAUACGGCCUCGAGACUUCAUCGGUCUAGGUUUGAGUGACGGAAAACUGCAGCUAAUUUACACGGACACUGAUAUAAAGGAGAUGAAUUUGGCGACACACGAGGACUGGUUCCAGUGCAUCGAGUCCAAAGCCAGGGUCGAUGACGGUCGGUGGCACACCGCCACCGUUCGAAGAAGGAAGAGGUUGGCCAUGCUGCAAGUGGAUGACAAACCGCCAGUGAGGGGGUAUUCACAGUCACUGUUGGUACCCUCGAAAGCAAACCCCAAGUUGUGGAUAGGGGGUUCUCCGUCGCUACCCCUGGGUUUGCCCGCUGCCCUGUACACGGGCCUCCGCGGCUGUGUCGCCAGCGUGAAGGCAAACGGACGGCAUAUUGAUCUCAGCGCACCCAUACGACCUACGACUGCAGUACGACAUUGCGACUGA